AUGUAUGUGCUCACGCGUGCUACUGACUAUAUUCUGCGUAAUAGUAGGGAAGGAAAUAAUUACUCAGUUGAAGUACUUUUCUAUUCUAUUAUACUCUACAUAAAUGAUAUUUUCAAGGAGAAAGUGGAUUUUAGUGGAUGCAUUUUGGCCAUCUCCAUGUCAGAGUACAUUGUAGUUGUUCUUUCUACAGGCUUACAUAUGUAUGAGUACUCUGAGACUAAAGGACUUAAAUGCAUUCAAAUUAUUCCUAUAGAAGAAAUAGUGGCAGCUGAUGCAGCUGAUGAAUAUAUCUUGCUGAGUAUCCUCUCAAAGGACAUAAUUACAACUACGUUGUACAAUGCAAAUACCUCAAUAGAAUUCACUGUAGAGAGCAUAGAAGGCAAAAAGUAUGAAGAACCCAGGAUUUUCAUAGAGAGAAAAUCAAAGGAUAAAACAGUCAUAUGCAUAGAAUAUACUAAACACAGAAUGUACAUAUGUGAUAUAAACAAUACUUUCUUUGAAGACACAGAAUAUACAGAUAGAACAAAAUUCUUUAAAGAAAAUGAAAUAUGCAGGUACAUAUUCAUAGACAAAAGGAACUUGCUCAAAAUAUCUGGGCAGAAGGUGGUUCACAUGAAGAUGAGCAUGCGCAGGGAAAUUGCCUUUAUACCUGGAUUUAUAAAAGUAAUAAAAAAUAUUCAUGGAAUAGAAAUACUUACAAAAAAAGAAAAGUACGUUGUGUCCAGAAGGGAAAAUAAAUAUAUCCUGCAAAGGACCCUAAUAAAGCAGACUGCGAGUGUAAAGAAGGAGGGAGAUGGAGAUGGGGAGAUUCUUUUGAUAGAACCAGAAAGUUCCAAAAGAUCCCCUAGGUCUGUCUUACUGAGUCCUUCUCUAUUUACAUAUAAAUUUGAGAAUUAUGUGCACCAGCUACAUAUUACAGGCAUAAUUGAAAUAUUCAUGGACUUAGAUGGGAAGUUAACCUAUUUGAGAAGUAUUGGGCCAGUGGAUAUCAUUGGACCAACUGGCUUUUAUUGUUUCUCAACGCAUAAUUCUUCCUUGGUGGUUUUAGUGUAUGGUUCUCAGAUUAAAGUAUUUGAGUACUCGCCUGCCUUGAAGGUAGAAUCUGAAAUGCACACUGCAAGUGGGAUUGAGAGAGUGGAGAGAUUUAGGAAGGAGAUUCUUGUGAAAUACCGCACUGGCUACAUAAAGUAUUUCUUGAACAAACAAAAGGCUUUGGAAGGAACUAAUUUCUCCUUUACUGGUGAUGAAUUUGUCUCUUUAGAUGCUCCAAAUAUGAACGUACAGCAUACUCCAGUAACAAUUACUAAGGCAAGUGAUGGAGUGGUUUCUGUGCUGUGGAAUGACUUGGUGAUUGCGAAAGACACUCAUAUCUCAUGUUUUCACCUUUUGCACAGUGGAUACGUAUACGCAAGUGGAUUUCAGCUUGUACUGAACUCAAAAAGCAUCUAUUUUUCUUAUGCCAUUUGUUCUCUCUCUGUGUAUAAUACACCCACCCGAAGUACUGUACUUGUGCAUCUAAUAACUGGAACUGUGCACCUUCUUUCUGUUGAUAAUGGUGCAGUAGUGGGCAGAGUAGAUAUGCCUCAUAAACUGUCUUCUGAAAGGCUAGUAAUGCUGUCACUUGACUCUUUCAUGAGUAUUGCAAGAAAUACUCUGACAAUAUUCGGAGGAGAUGAGUAUAUACAGCCAAUUCUGCGUGCAUCUUUCCCUGGUCAGAUAAAAGACGUAUGUGUUGCAGAGGAUAAUAUUGUGGUUGUAACAAACAAAGGGGCUGUAUAUUCCUUGCAAAAGUCAAAUUUAUACUCUAAAUACAAUCAAAAUGAUGGUGGUUUUGUUGGUGCUUUUUGCAGUGAUUUAUAG